CACGUGAACCAUUGAUCGUUGCUGUGCAACCAGUUGACAACGAAGUAUUAAUAGAUCUCCAAGCUCGGGGCUUCAGUCUGUGAAUAUUAUAACAUUGUGACAGGAAUUUCACAGAAUGGAAGCUAACGAGGAGACACAGACGCCCCAGGCACCGGAGCUUGGACCAGGAGGGGUGCCCAAGGAUGCCAAGACAUCUGACUACUACCGGACAAAGGAGAUGCCAGCCAGGUUCGACAACCCCAACUGGUUCGAAGGCUACGUCGGGAAGCCCCAGCACCCCAUGUACAUGACGACAUCCUCCGAGUAUGGCCGUCGGGCACCGAGCGUUCACACCAUGCCAACAUGUUUUCAUGCCAAGUCCCAGCAAUUCUCAGAGAAACUGGGCGUAUGCGGCAUGUACCGGAACCACUCGCUGAACACAGGUCUAGACCAGAGUCGUGUCUAGCUGUCUAAUAUUGUACACAUUCACAGAUCUCACAUUCCACACCUCUGACUCUUGCUAAAAUUUUAGUCAGUGUUUUGUUACAUUUUAUUAUGAAAAGUUUCUUACAUCUGCAUAAAUGAAAUGGAAAUGAAGCAAUAUAAUGAAAGUUGAGAGUUAUUCAGUAGUCUGUUGUUGAAAGUGGUAAUAAACUAUAUCAUAUGAUGAUGAUAUUAAUAUUUCAAGUAUUUAAAGUUACUGGGAACAUUUAUAUAAAACUACAUCCAAGUCUUAUUGUUGAUAUCAUGUGUAGUGGGGUGUUAUAUACAUCAGUCCUACCAGAUAUUGGAGGGUGAGUUUACUUUCGUCGCUUGCAUGCUGUGUGUGGAAAUCAUUGUAUAUCAUUUUAUAUAUCAUUAAAUCUUCCAUGC